GUCUGGACAGUUUACCUGGUCCAGGUUGAGAAUUGGGGGCGUCUCAUGGCGCCGAGGGAUGGGUCUCCGCGGCUGGUGCUCCUGUUUAGCGGCAAGAGGAAGUCCGGAAAGGACUUCUUGACGGAUGAAUUGCGGAGCAGGCUGGGGGCGGACGUGUGUGCUGUGCUUCGGCUCUCUGGACCCCUCAAGGAGCAAUACGCCCAGGAGCAUGGACUGGACUUUCAGCGACUCCUUGAUGCCAGCAGCUACAAGGAGGCCUUUCGGGAGGACAUGAUCCGCUGGGGAGAGGAGAAGAGGAAGAGGGACCCGGGCUUCUUCUGCAGGAAGAUUGUGGAGGGGGUCCCCCAGCCUGUCUGGCAGCUGGUGAGCGAUGCUCGGCGAGUGUCAGAUAUUGAGUGGUUCCAGUCCUCCUUUGGAGAUGUGACCCAGCUGGUCCGAGUGGUCGCGUCAGAGGAAAGCCGGCGACAGCGGGGCUGGGUGUUCACAGCAGGAGUGGAUGAUGCCGAAUCAGAAUGUGGCCUGGACCACUAUGGAGCGUUUGAUUGGGUCAUUGAGAACCAUGGUGAUGAUCACAAGCUGGAGCAGCAGUUGGGGAAGCUGGUGGACUAUAUCCACAGUAAACUACAGCCUUCAGAAUGUGAGGGUCGCAUUGAGGGGAGCUGACACUCUCCUACUUCCCAGGCCCCCAGGACCAUGAGGGCAGGUGUGUGCCUUGGGGGAGAAAGAGGAGCCCUGCACUGAGGUUCUUCUGAGCCAUCCUCCUGGGGGGAGGCCACAGGGCUGAGGUUGAAUUCCAGGUUUGGGCAUGCAACCUGAUUUCUGGAUCUCCUUCCCUGAUGCAUAUAGUAAUUAAUCCUAGCCUCUUGGGGCUGGGCUGAGCCUAAAAGGGUAGAAAAUCAGGAUGAAGUGAAAGAAGUCACAAAGUAUGUGAAAAUAUUUUUAGUGCUCUUCAGAUGGCUCCUUGGGGUCUACAAGGGGCACUUAUGCCUUUGGUGCCAUAAGUUUUGGGCCUCAUCACCUAGAGCUCCCGAGAACCAAUGUUUGUGGCAAGGAGAACCGAGGGCACACUCAUUGCUGGACUGGCAUCUGAUCUUUCAGAUGCAACUUGCUUUCUUUCACAGGCUCAAAGUAGGCCUGGGGAUGGGAUGAAGUGAUGGGGAGAUCUGUGAAGAAUCCUAGGAUUGCCCUUAUUAUACAUGUAUGGUUAUCUAGCUCUGUACUUCCCAAAAUAAAGCUGGAUUUGUGGAUGGA